AUGCCCUCCCCCUUCCUCACUCCUGGCGCACAGACGCAGCUCGACAACCUCGCCCUCCUCCACCUCCGCCGCGACCAGACCAUCCCGGCCCUGCUGCGCCUGCACGAUGACGAAGACCAGGGCUACAGCGAAGGCAAAGUCGUCAACACGCGAUUCGGCUCGUUCCCACACAGCACGCUGGCCGACCAGCCGUGGGGGUCGCAGAUUGUCGCAUCCAAAGUCGACACGGGGUCGCGCGGCCGCAGGGACCCGUCGCAAUUGAAACGGAAAGCCGACGAUUUGGAUUCGUCCCCGGCGGCGGGGGAUAACAAGAACAAGAAAGCCUCCCCGAAGGUGCCCGUCGCUGCGGCUAGCGGUUUCCUGCAUGUGCUGGCUCCCACCCCGGAACUGUGGACUGCGUCGCUGCCUCAUCGGACGCAGGUCGUCUACACGCCGGACUACAGCUACAUUCUACACCGGCUGUGCGUGCGACCGGGGAGUACGAUCAUCGAGGCCGGUGCGGGCAGUGGCUCGUUCACGCACGCCUCGGUCCGCGCAGCAUUCAACGGCUACCCUGGCUCCGAAGACACGAAUCCCAACAAGAAGAGACGACUAGGAAAGGUGUGCAGUUUCGAGUUCCACGCGCAGCGCGCCGAGAAGAUUCGUUCGGAGGUCCAGGAGCACGGUCUGGAUGGGCUCGUGGAGGUCACGCAUCGGGAUGUCUACGAGGAUGGGUUCUUGCUGGUGGAUCCGAAAACGGGCCCUUCGCCCAAAGCCAAUGCCGUUUUCCUGGACCUGCCGGCGCCCUGGCAUGCGCUGAAACACCUGGUCCGUCACCCGGCAUCUGGGGGCGAGUCGCCGCUGGACCCGUCGGCGCCGGUGUAUAUCUGUACGUUCUCGCCAUGUAUGGAGCAGGUGCAGCGGACGAUCAGCACGCUGCGGCAGCUAGGCUGGCUGUCGAUAUCGAUGGUCGAGGUGGACAACCAUAGGAUCGAUGUCAAGCGGGAACGCAACGGGUUGGAAUUCGAGGGCGCUGCUCGUGGAGCCGUCGUGUUUCCGAAAUCGGUGGAGGAGGCCGUUGCGCGCGGGCGCCAGAUUGAGGAGCGGUCGCAGAGGUUCCGCAGCGAGCAGGAGGGUGGGAAUGAAGGGAGCGAUGCAGCACCGCCUGCUGAGAAGAAGGAGGAACAAAGGAAGGAACCAGAACAACCUGCUGCUUCGCGGGAAUCUGAUCUUCCGUUUUACAAGCAAGGUCGCUUGGUGCAUCGGUCCGAAGCGGACUUGAAGACUCACACGUCAUAUCUCGUCUUCGCCAUCCUACCACGCGAGUGGUCGGAAGAGGACGAGCAGAAAUGUCGGGAGAAGUGGCCGUCAAACCAGGUGAUUGAAUCGACUCAGCCAGCACCCAAAGGCAAGAGGCAGCAGAAACGUGAGGCAAAAGAGCGGUAUGAGGCAAGACAACGGCAAAGGCAGGAGAAAGAAACGAACAACACCCAGGAGUAA